AUGGAGGCCCCGUCGUUGUUUCAUCGUUUAUUUGCAAAUCAAAGAAUAACGAAAGAUGGAAAAAAAUUAAUUUUCGGUGAGUUGCUACGUUACACUGGGAUACGUCGGUAUAUUUUUGCUGUAUUUGAAGAGUUGCACGAACGGCCAGUUGAAACGAACGAGGCGUUGCUGUUUUUCGCGGUUAAAAUUUCGAAGCACUACGAUGAAGAACUUCUUUUUGUUAAAACGAGAUUUGGAAAGAAAUCUGAUGUUGCGAAAUUCGGACCGUGGUUUGCACCGUAUAUUCAAUACUGUAGAAUAUUGGAAGUUGUGUGUGACGCUUUGUGGCGCACUGUUUUGGAACCGGUUAGAGAAGAACAGAUGUUAAGGCUUUUCAUCGAAGAAUUAUUUAGACACGAGUUGGUCAAUCAGAAAUUGGUGGAAAAAAAUAUGAUGUGCAAUUUUGAUUUUGAUUACGUAGACUAUGAUUUUAACAUAUUGGAUCAUAAAACUAUACCGCCGGAUGAUCCUCUUUAUGAAAACAUGGUUGAAAUUUGUUUACCGACUGUAAACCCCGAAGACUUUGAGCCUAGGUUCGAGUUGGAAUUGGAACCCGUAGUGCAAGGUAAAGUUCAAAUUAAUUUAGAACCCAUGGAUAUAGACGAACCAGUUGCGGGAGAGAAUACAAUCGAGAUUAUUGUUAUUUCCAGUGGCUCUGAAACUGAGCAUUGUAAUGGCCCCACAAGUGACUAUGAGAGUGAUAGUAAGCCCAAAGUUAAAACCGAAACUCCAGUAAAAAAAAUUAAAACGUUAAAACGUAAUCGCUCUCUAAAACGCAGCAUUUACAACUCUUCAAGUGGUUCUGAUGUUGAACCUAUUGCUGAAACCAGUGCUCAAAACAGCAACAAAGGAAAAGUUCGCCCCGAGAAAAAAAAGUUCGCAAUCUGUGAAACCAAUGCACAAAACGGCAACGAAGAAGAAAUAUUUGGCGACAUGAAAACUGACUUCGCAUCCUGUGACACCGAUAGUAAUGAAGAAGAAAUAGUUGGCCUCGAGAAUGCGAACUCGUUCUUCUGUGAUACCGAUGCAAAAAAUAAUAAUGAAGAAGAAAUAGUUGGCCCCGAGAAAAACAACUUCGCAAUCUGUGAAAUCGAUGCCCAAAACAACAACGAAGAAGAAAUAGUUGGCCCCGAAAAAAACGAGUUCGCAAUCUGUGAAACCGAUGCAAAAAAUAGCGAUGAAGAAGAAAUUGUUGGCCCCGAGAAUGCGAACUCGUAUUUCUGUGAAACCGAUGCAAAAAAUAAUAAUGAAGAAGAAAUAGUUGGCCCUGAGAAAAACGAGUUCGCAAUCUGUGAAACCGAUGCAAAAAAUAGUGAUGAAGAAGAAAUAGUUGGCCCUGAGAAAAACGAGUUCGCAAUGGUUGAAACCGAUGCACAAAACAGCAACGAAGAAGAAAUAGUUGGCCCUGAGAAAAACGAGUUUACAAUCUGUGAAACCGAUGCAAAAAAGAAUAAUGAAGAAGAAAUAGUUGGCCCCGAGAAAAACGAGUUCGCAAUUGUUAAAACCGAUGCACAAAACAGCAAUGAAGUAAAAAUAGUUAGCCCUUAGAAAAAAUGAGAAUUCCAUAAAAUUGAAGCAUGUCUUUUAGCUCAUUGUAACUUAUUUGCUUUAAGUUUUAUUAUUGUUCCUAAAUAAAACGAUUGUUUAAAAACCAG